AUGGGCCAUUGCUUGAAUUUCAAUGCUUUCGGAUGGUCUUGCGCCAUUUGGAAUAUCCUUCUGGAUUUGGCUAUCAUGGCAGUCCCUCUUUAUGAGAUCAAACGGUUGUCGUUGCGCAGUACGAAGAAAUUGUUGGUAAUGGUGAUGUUUGGGGCUGGAUUCUUUGUUACAAUUGUCAGCAUUAUCCGAUUAAAGGCGAUAAUUGUCUUUGCGAGCACAACCAAUCCUACAUAUGACAACGUGCCAACGGCAUAUUGGUCCGUCAUCGAAUGCUACGGGUCCAUAAUCUGUCUGAACAUCCCGGCCAUUCGGCGUUUCUGGUGGCGCUCCAAGGCAUUCUAUUUCAGGGGUCAUCGGCAAUAUGAUGGGUACGAAACCUGA